ACUUUUUCUCUAAGAUGAAGUACCGAAGCACUAACACAGAAAGCUCACCGAAAAUCUCCAUUAUUGCCCCCAUUUAAAUUUCUUCUGUGUUCCCAUCAAAGACCAUCCAAAAAAGCACUAAAAAACAACAGGAAACCAUGGAUGACACCAUCUCUCUUAUUCUUCAUGGGUGCAAGCUUGCUAAAGACCUUGAAUUAAACCUAGCAAACUCAGCCAGCCAACCAGAAACUCUAUCCAGGUUGUGUGAGGAAAUCAUUAGGGUUUUCGCUAAUGCCAAGGAGAGUCUACAUGCUCAUCAACUAGGCACCACUUUCUACCCUCAUCCUAUGUUGUUUCGUGAGCCACAGGACUUACAGCAACAGCAGAAUAUUGAUCCUAUCUUACAGGAAUGGCUAGGGACUAGUUGCACAUCGGCCAUGGAGACGUUGUUUCAUCAAACGCAAGGCGUUAUGGCUGAGAGUGCCUUGGGAUUGAUUGAGAGUAAGAUAGGUGGAGGAAUACAGAUGGGAUCAGGAGGUCUAGCUAUUGAAUCAGGUAGCAGAUCAGAUGUCCAGGCAGUGGAUGCAUCAGAUUCUGGCAGAGGUUCUUCAUCAUCCUCAAAAAGACCGCGAAUAAGGAAUGAUGAUGCCGAGAAACGGACGGUGAGGGUACCUGCUCAACAGUUCGGCAAUACUGAAAUCCCACCGGAAGAUGGUUUCUCUUGGAGGAAAUAUGGGCAGAAAGAGAUUCUGGGGUCAAAGUAUCCGAGGGCCUACUACAGGUGCACCAACCAAAACUUGUACCAUUGCCCAGCCAAGAAACAAGUUCAGCGACUUGAUGACGAUCCCUACAGAUUUGAAGUAGUAUACCGUGGCGAGCACACUUGCCACUUGUCUGCCACCGCACCAUCAGCUCCACCACCAGCACCAGGAAUUACUCAAGAGAUGGCCCAAACUAUGAUUGGUCAGCCUCAACCAUCCGCAGCAACUUCUCUAGGCAGAUGGGUGGAAUUUCGUCUGGGUCCUGGAGGUGGUGCUGGCAGCAGCAGCAGCAGCAGCAUGGCUGCAGGUAGUAGCGGCGGUGCGGCUGGUCCCUCCACUGCUGGUCGAUAUGGUAAAGAGGCUGAUUACCCUAUAACAGAUAUGGCGGAUGCCAUGUUUAAUUCUGGCAGUAGUAGCACCAACAGCAUGGAACUUAUUUUCCCUUCCAUCUCGGAAGAAAAAAGGGAUCAGCCAAGCGAUAAAAACAAUUCACAGGCCUAGCAGCAGUGCUAGUUAGAAUGGAUGGAUUUCCUUUAAUUAGCUGUUUCUUUGAGGGGGAAACGUAGUUACUUAAAUUGACAGGUUAAUUCAUUAAUUAAGGCAUCGAUUUGAAAUUGUAAACAUGACUGUCCUGAUUCUUCUCUUUCUGUGGGACUUGCUGGGUUAGCGAGUACGAUUUUGAUAGCAA